CGCGGCGGCAGCUCUCGGUCGCCGGGCACCCUGCACGACAGCUGCGCGCCUCUGAUUGCGCCUAGUCGCGCAUCGUUUCAGACUUAGACACUCAACUGCUAGCGAGCAGUCAUAAUGGAAAUCGAUCUCAAUGCCCCGGGCGCCUUCGCCCUGCUGUGCCGCUGCGGCAAGCCGCAAGUCCAAUGUGCGACCCACGAGGCCGCCGUCGCGCCGGACCGCGUGCUCCUGCCGGCGGGCGUCGAGCCCGUGCACUACGACGUCGAUUUGACGCUCCGACUGAACGACCACGCCUUCGACGGCACGACCACGAUCAAGGUCGCCGUCGCCGCGCCGGCGACGACCGUGCAGCUCCACGCCAAGGAACUCGCCGUCGCUGAAGCAAAAAUCGACGGCGUAGCUUGCAAGUUCACGGUCGACGCCGAGACCACGACCCUCCUCAUCGCGCCCGCGACGACGCUGGCGGCGGGCGACCACGUCGUCUGCGUCAAGUACAGCGGCAUCCUCAACGAUCUGAUGUGCGGUUUCUACCGCUCGACCUACACGAAUGUGAAAGGAGAGAAGAAGCUCAUGGCGUCCACACAGUUCGAGAGCAUCGACGCUAGGCGGUGCUUCCCCUGCUGGGACGAGCCCCGCCGCAAGGCGACCUUCGCCUGCAGCCUCACGGUGCCGGCCCACAUGACGGCCCUCUCGAACAUGCCCGAGAAGUCGACGCGCCGCUCCGCCGACGGAAAUGUAAUAACGACGUCCUUCAUGACCUCGCCGCGAAUGUCGACCUACCUCCUAUGUUUUGUGGUGGGCGAGUUCGACCACGUCUCUCAAUUAACGAAGAACGGCGUCCUCAUUCGCGCGUUCACGCCGCCGGGCAAGCCCGAGCUCGGCGAGUUCGCGUUGGAAUGCGCCGUGGCAGCUCUAGACGCCUACGACACGACCUUCGAGAUCCCCUACCCUUUACCGAAAUCGGACAUGGUCGCGAUCCCGGAAUUCGCCGCGGGCGCCAUGGAGAACUGGGGCCUCGUGACGUAUCGGGAGGUCGACAUGCUCAUCGACAAGAAGACGGCGUCAUCAAGGCAACUGCAACGCGUCGCGGAAGUGGUCAUCCACGAGCUGGCCCACCAGUGGUUCGGCAAUCUUGUUACGAUGGAGUGGUGGGAGGACCUGUGGCUGAACGAAGGCUUCGCGACGUGGAUGGAGACGGGCGUGACGCACGAGUUGUAUCCCGCCUGGUCCAUGUGGGAGCAGUUUAUUACCGAUAUGCAAGGUAGGGCAUUACAAUUGGAUGCGUUGCGGUCGUCGCACCCCAUCCAGGUGCCCAUUCGUAAAGCCGAAGAAGUGGAACAGGUCUUCGACGCGAUCUCCUACUGCAAGGGCGGGUCAGUAGUAAGGAUGGUCCACGCCGUUGUGGGCGAAGAGGCCUUUGUGAGUGGAUUGCGGGCGUACAUGAAGGAGUUCGCCUAUGGGAACGCGACGACCAAUGACCUCUGGGCCGCGUGGCAGAAGUCCUCCGGUAAAAAUAUACCUGAAUUAAUGGACGCCUGGACGAAGCAGACGGGCUUCCCCGUCCUCGAAUUGCAGAAGGUCAAUAGUGAUGGGUCUUUGGUACUGGAGCAGCGGCGCUUCUUCGCCGACGGCGCCGCCGACACGGAAAACACCAAAUGGCCCGUGCCGCUCUUCGCUUCCGUCGACGGGACGCAGCAAUCGAUCGGCGUCAUGUCCUCUCAAAAAGAGACGGUGCCCUUUCCCGACGCCAAAAAUGCGAAGUGGGUCAAGCUCAACGCGGGCCAGCACGCACCUUUACGAGUAAAGUACCCCGACGCGAUGCUGCCCCACCUGUUCGAAGCCAUUUCCUCCAAAAAACUGCCGCCCGCGGACCGUAUUGGUUUGUUGUCGGACGGCGCGGCGCUAUCGAAGGCCGGGCUCAUGCCCUUCGGGCGCUUCCUGGAGUUGCUGGGUGCUUAUAAAAACGAAGACGACGCGACGGUCUGGUCCCAGCUGCUGGAGAAGCUCAUGAGUCUGGGCAAGAUUUUGCGCGGGGGCGACGAUGCAACAUUAUCGGAGGCCUACGACGGCUUCGCGCGGUCGCUCAUCGUGCCCGUCCUGGAAAAGUGCGGCUGGGCGCCGCGCGACGAGGACGCGCACCUGACGCGGAAGUUAAGAGGGGAGGUGAUCGCCGCUUUGCCGACGUUCUGCGCCGCGGACGACGGCGUCUACGCCUGUGUGGAAAUCAACCGGCGUGUCGGGUGCACUGACGCGGCCGUGCUGGCUCGGUCGAGCGGUGAAGAACCGGCAUCGCCACGCCAUCGAACGCGCCGUAAAUUUGAUUUCCACACAGGUCUACGCCGAGGCGAAGAAGCGCUUCGACGCGUUCCGCGCCGGCGGCGACCUGUGUGGAAAUCAACCAGUGUGUCGGGUGCAUGACGCGGCCGUGCCGGCUCCGUCGAGCGGUGAGGAAUCGACACCGCCACGCCGUCGUGCAGGCGUCGAGUCGAUGGCGUGGAGGACGACGCGAUGAUUCAGCACGAACGCGCCGUAAAAUUUUGAUUUCCAUACAGGCGACGACGCCGCGCUUCCUAGUGAAUAUCAGUCGGCGGUCUACAAGCUGGUGCUCGCGCGGGGCGGGCGGGAGACCUUCGACCAGAUCCUAAAACUACGCGAGGCACGAGCGUUGAACGAAGAGAAGAACUCUUGCUUGGUAGGCUUGGGCGCAGCCCCUACUUCUCCCCUGCGCACCGCGGCUUUAGAUUUGGCCCUUUCGGAUGCCGUGAAGCUCCAGGACUUCUUCUACGUCGCGCUGAGCACGCACGGCGCGUCGGCCGCGGGCAGUGACCUGUGUGGAAAUCAAGCAGUGAGUUAGAUUAUUAGGACAACAUCGCGUCGAUGGCGUGGGGCGUCGAAACUUGAUUUCACACAGGUCGCGACGCGACGUGGGCACACUUCACAGAAAAGCUCGACGCGUACAAGGCCAAGGUCGGCGAAGCGGGCUCGGCGAUCAUGGACGCCUCGAUCGUCGGCGCCUGCGGCGGCUUCUGCACCGAGGCGGCCGCGAACGACAUCGUGGCGUUCUUCGAGGCGCACCCCCUGCCGCGCAACACUCGAAAAAUCGACCAGAUAGUUGAGAGCACUCGCGCGUCGGCGGCGUACGUGUCGCGCAUCCGGGACGACCGCGCCCAGGCGCUCGCGUGGCUCGGCAGACAGUAGCUUUUGGGGGUCGUCUCGCCUUCAUAAUUAUAUCGCGACAACAUUCGCGCGGCGCCGUCGUAGG